UUCACGGUCCACCGCACUUGCUGCUUCUAUGCGCAGUCGACGCGGCCCUCCCGUACACCAUACUAAACGCGACCGACGAAAUGUACGAGCUUCUGUUAUCGGUGGAUUAGUGAGGUGAUCAUAUAGUGAAUUGUUCUAUGUGUCUGUGCUUGUGAUAUGAUUAGGAGUACCAGCUACUAACCGAGCCACCGUCCGCAGCGGAUCUUAACGAUCGGAUCGGUGUCCACAUGCCGUCGCCAUCAUGGUGAUCGUUACUAGGGGCGAUUACAUAUGGAUCGAGCCAGUGUCAGGUCGGGAAUUCGAUGUGGCGAUCGGAGCGCGCGUCCUCGCUGCCGAGGGUCGCCGGAUCAGGGUCCGGGACGACGACGGCCAGGAACAAUGGCUGCCGCCGGAGAGGCGCAUCAAGGCCAUGCACGCCACCUCCGUGCAUGGCGUCGAGGACAUGAUCUCCCUGGGAGAUUUACACGAGGCCGGCAUAUUGAGGAAUCUCCUUAUUAGAUAUAACGAGAAUCUCAUUUACACAUAUACCGGUUCAAUUUUAGUGGCGGUGAACCCGUACCAGAUACUGCCAAUUUACACAGCAGAUCAGAUCAAAUUAUACAAGGAGCGGAAGAUAGGCGAGUUGCCACCUCACAUAUUUGCAAUAGGAGAUAAUGCGUACGCGCAUAUGCGGAGGUACGGUCAGGACCAGUGUAUCGUGAUUAGUGGGGAGUCAGGAGCAGGAAAAACGGAAUCAACUAAGCUUAUUCUGCAAUAUCUAGCAGCCAUCAGUGGGAAACAUUCGUGGAUAGAACAACAGAUCCUAGAAGCAAAUCCAAUCCUCGAAGCUUUUGGUAAUGCCAAAACUGUUCGGAACGAUAACUCCUCGCGGUUUGGGAAAUAUAUAGAUAUACACUUCAACAAUAACGGUGUUAUAGAAGGUGCUAAAAUAGAACAAUAUUUAUUAGAGAAAUCUAGAAUAGUCUCUCAAGGCACUGAAGAGAGAAAUUAUCAUGUUUUCUACUGCUUACUCGCGGGUUUAUCAAAGGAAGAAAAAAAGAAAUUGGAAUUGGCGGAUCCGUCGGAAUAUAGAUAUUUAUCAGCGGGUGGCAGUUUUACAUGUGAAGGCAGAGAUGACGCUGCCGAAUUCGCUGACAUUCGAUCAGCAAUGAAAGUAUUACUGUUCACAGAACCGGAAAUAUGGGAAAUACUAAAGUUGCUAGCCGCUGUCCUGCAUUGUGGAAACAUUAAAUACGAAGCAACAGUCGUAGACAAUUUAGAUGCAACUGAAAUUAUUGAACAGGCGAACGUGAGACGAGUAGCAAAUCUAUUAGGGGUACCAAUGCAAUCAUUAAUUGAUGCGUUAACAAGAAAAACUUUGUUCGCUCAUGGUGAAACUGUUGUGUCUACUCUAAGUAGAGACCAGUCUGUAGACAUUCGUGAUGCUUUUGUUAAAGGCAUCUACGGACGCUUGUUCGUCACAAUUGUAAAGAAGAUUAAUGCUGCAAUUUAUAAACCCAAAUCCACUACGCGUACAGCCAUUGGUGUUUUGGAUAUUUUCGGUUUUGAAAACUUUGAUCACAACAGUUUCGAACAGUUUUGUAUAAAUUUUGCCAAUGAAAACCUUCAGCAGUUUUUCGUUAGACAUAUUUUCAAACUGGAACAGGAAGAAUAUAAUCACGAAGGGAUUAAUUGGCAACAUAUUGAAUUUGUUGACAAUCAAGACGCGUUAGAUUUGAUUGCUCUAAAACAAUUGAAUAUCAUGGCUUUAAUAGAUGAAGAAUCAAAGUUUCCAAAAGGAACUGACCAAACCAUGUUAGCUAAAUUACACAAGACCCAUGGUCUUCACAGAAACUACCUCAAACCAAAAUCAGACAUAAAUACUAGUUUCGGACUCAAUCAUUUUGCUGGGAUUGUAUUUUAUGAUACACGAGGUUUCCUAGAAAAGAAUCGGGAUACAUUUAGUGCUGACUUGCUACAAUUAAUUCAUAUAUCAACAAAUAAAUUCUUGCAACAGAUAUUCCAGGAUGAUAUUGCAAUGGGAUCAGAAACAAGAAAGCGCACACCAACACUUUCAACACAGUUUAAGAAGUCUUUAGACUUACUGAUGAGGACAUUGGGUACAUGCCAACCAUUCUUUAUUCGGUGUAUCAAACCCAAUGAAUUCAAGAAACCCAUGAUGUUUGACCGUGGUCUUUGUUGUAGGCAACUAAGAUAUUCUGGUAUGAUGGAAACUAUUAGAAUCCGAAGAGCCGGCUAUCCAAUCCGUCAUAGUUUCAAAGAAUUUGUAGAACGAUAUCGAUUUUUAAUACCAGGAGUUCCACCGGCACACAAGACUGAUUGUCGAUCAGCUACUUCGAAGAUCUGUGCGAGUGUUCUUGGUAAAUCUGACUAUCAGUUGGGCCAUACCAAAGUAUUUUUGAAGGACGCUCACGAUCUAUUCCUUGAACAGGAAAGAGACAGAGUACUUACUAGGAAAAUAUUAAUUUUGCAAAGAUCUAUACGUGGUUGGGUAUAUAGAAGACGAUUUUUGAAGAUGAGAGCAGCAGCUAUCCUGAUUCAGCGUCACUGGCGAGGGAAAUUACAGAGGAUCAGAUAUAAUAGAAUGAAAGUGGGAUAUGCAAGGUUGCAAGCAUUGAUACGUGCAAGAGUGCUUGCCCAUCGGUUCCGACAUUUGCGAGGACAUAUAGUUUCUUUACAAGCAGCUGCACGCGGCUAUUUGGUUCGUCGUUCAUACGGACACAAGAUGUGGGCUAUCGUCAAGAUUCAGAGCCACGUGAGACGUUUGAUCGCGAUGAGGCGUUACCGUCGAAUGAAGCAGGAAGCGAUCGCGCACACGGAGGCGCUGCGCCUACGCAGACAAGAAGAGCAGCGCCUACAGCACCAGGGUAACACUCGCGCUAAAGAAAUUGCCGAACAGAAUUACAGGGAGCGUAUGUAUGAACUUGAAAGGCGCGAAGCCGAACUAGUACUAGAGGAGAAGCGGCAACUAGAAGUUAAGCGAACACUGCUCCAAGAAGCUGCUCGGAAGCAGGAAGAGCCUGUGGAUGACAGCAAAUUGGUGGAGGCUAUGUUUGACUUCCUGCCAGACUCGAGUAGCGAGGCGCCUGCACCCAAGGAUACCUCUGUGUUUAGCGAUCUACCACAGGCAAGAGCUGAUCAACAAGAGAUGGUGACGCCGAUGCAAACAACAUCGGAGGACGAGGAAGACCUCUCAGAAUUCAAAUUCCAGAAAUUUGCAGCCACAUACUUCCAAGGAAACGUCACACAUCAGUACUCGAAGAAACCUCUAAAACACCCUUUGCUGCCACUACAUACGCAGGGCGACCAAUUGGCUGCACAAGCACUAUGGAUCACUAUACUACGCUUCACUGGAGAUCUACCAGAACCAAGAUUUCAUACCAUGGAAAGAGACAAUACUUCCGUAAUGUCAAAGGUCACAGCUACACUAGGAAGAAAUUUCAUUAGGUCCAAAGAAUUCCAGGAGGCACAGAUGAUGGGAGUAGAUCCAGAUGCCUAUUUGAAUAAACAAAAACCAAGAUCAAUAAGACAUAAAUUAGUUUCGCUUACACUAAAAAGGAAAAAUAAACUCGGAGAAGACGUACGAAGGAAGCUGCAGGACGAAGAAUAUACAGCAGAUAGCUACCAAUCGUGGCUAGAAUCACGACCUACUUCUAAUUUAGAGAAAUUGCACUUCAUCAUUGGACACGGAAUCCUCCGGGCUGAAUUAAGAGACGAAAUAUAUUGUCAAAUAUGCAAACAGUUGUCUGUUAAUCCUUCUAAAUCAUCUCACGCUAGAGGUUGGAUUUUACUAUCGUUAUGUGUUGGAUGCUUCGCUCCCAGUGAAAAGUUUGUGAAUUAUCUCAGAGCUUUCAUACGAGAAGGUCCACCUGGUUAUGCACCGUAUUGUGAGGAUCGAUUAAAGAGAACUUUUAAUAAUGGUACCAGAAACCAACCACCAUCUUGGUUAGAACUUCAAGCUACAAAGUCUAAGAAACCUAUAAUGCUUCCAAUUACAUUUAUGGACGGUAAUACAAAAACACUACUAGCCGACUCGGCUACAACUGCUAGAGAGUUGUGUAACCAGUUAUCCGAUAAAAUAGGAUUACGUGACCAGUUUGGAUUUUCGUUAUACAUUGCUUUAUUCGACAAAGUCAGUUCACUGGGCAGUGGUGGCGAUCACGUAAUGGAUGCAAUAUCUCAAUGCGAACAAUACGCUAAAGAACAAGGAGCACAAGAAAGAAAUGCACCUUGGAGGUUAUUCUUUAGAAAAGAGAUAUUUGCUCCAUGGCAUGAUCCUACUGAGGAUCAAGUCGCAACAAAUCUCAUAUAUCAACAAGUUGUUAGAGGAGUUAAAUUUGGAGAAUAUAGAUGUGAUAAAGAAGAAGAUUUAGCUAUGAUCGCCGCUCAACAAUAUUACAUCGAAUAUGGGCAAGAUAUGAACACAGAACGUCUCUAUACAUUGUUACCUAACUACAUACCAGAUUAUUGUUUGACUGGUGUUGAAAAGGCUGUAGAUCGUUGGGGUUCUCUAGUGGUGCAGGCUUAUAAAAAGAGCUAUUAUGUCAAAGAAAAAAUUCCUGCAUACAGAGUUAAAGAAGAUGUUGUUAGUUACGCAAAGUUUAAGUGGCCGUUAUUAUUCUCGCGAUUUUACGAAGCAUAUAGAAAUUCUGGUCCAAAUUUACCCAAGAACGAUGUAAUUAUUGCUGUGAAUUGGACUGGGGUAUAUGUCGUAGAUGACCAAGAACAAGUUUUGUUAGAAUUGUCAUUCCCGGAAAUCACAACUGUGUCAAGCCAAAAAACCAACAAAGUAUUUACGCAGACUUUUAGUUUAUCGACAGUUCGUGGUGAAGAAUUCACAUUCCAAAGUCCUAAUGCAGAAGAUAUAAGAGACCUUGUUGUUUAUUUUUUAGAGGGAUUAAAGAAACGAUCAAAAUUUGUGAUCGCUUUGCAAGACUACAAAGCGCCUGGAGAAGGUUCUAGUUUCUUGACAUUCCAAAAAGGAGAUUUAAUAAUUUUGGAAGAAGACAGUACUGGUGAAUCUGUUUUAAAUAAUGGAUGGUGUAUUGGACGUUGCGAGAGGACAAUGGAACGAGGUGACUUCCCAGCGGAGACUGUUUACGUUUUGCCUGCAUUAACUAAACCUCCUCCGGACAUAUUAAAUUUGUUCUGUAAAGAAGGCGCACAGCACGGACGUCGUAUACCAGCAGCUACUUUCAACGGAACAGAGAAUAGAGAUAAGCCACAUACGUUGCUCGAAUAUGCUUUAGAUCAUUUUAGAUUACCACCCAAACGUACAGUGUCCAAAGCUCUUACGUUAUCUACAGCAAAACGUGGUGGCUCAGAAGAGUUAUGGCGGCAUUCAAGAGAACCUAUAAAACUGCCUUUAUUAAAAAAAUUGCAGACUAAAGAAGAGUUGGCUGAUGAAGCUUGCUUCGCAUUCACAGCUAUAUUGAAGUAUAUGGGUGAUCUACCUUCGAAGCGACCACGAAUAGGUAACGAAUAUACAGACCACAUUUUCGACGGUCCAUUAAAGCACGAAAUAUUGCGGGAUGAAAUAUAUUGUCAAAUAAUGAAACAAUUGACUGAAAAUAGAAAUAGAAUGUCCGAAGAAAGAGGUUGGGAAUUAAUGUGGUUGGCUACAGGGUUAUUUGCGUGCAGCCAAGGUUUACUUAGAGAAUUAACGUUGUUCUUAAGAACUAGAAGGUAUCCAAUUGCUCAGGACUCUCUCCAGAGGCUUCAAAAAACAUUGCGGAACGGACAAAGGAAGUACCCACCACAUCAAGUGGAAGUUGAAGCUAUCCAACAUAAGACCACUCAAAUAUUCCACAAAGUUUAUUUCCCCGAUGACACGGAUGAAGCGUUUGAAGUAGAUUCCUCUACUAGAGCAAAGGACUUCUGUCAAAAUAUUGCACAGAGACUGAAUCUCAGAUCUAGUGAAGGGUUAAGUUUAUUUGUUAAGAUAGCCGACAGAGUGAUAUCAGUGCCCGAAGGCGACUUCUUCUUCGACUUUGUUCGCCAUUUAACAGAUUGGAUUAAAAAGACACGGCCCACCCGCGACGGAAUUACAGCACAAUUUACAUAUCAGGUAUUUUUUAUGAAGAAAUUAUGGACAAACACAGUGCCGGGUAAGGAUCGGGCUGCAGACGUGAUCUUCCACUUCCACCAGGAGCUUCCAAAGCUACUUCGAGGAUACCAUCGUUGCGGCCGCGAAGAAGCGGCCCGACUCGCCGCGUUGGCUUAUCGCGCGAGAUUCGGAGAUAACAAGCAAGAACUACAAGCUAUACCACAAAUGCUUCGAGAGCUAGUACCAGCGGAUCUAAUAAAACUUCAGAGCUCGGCAGACUGGAAACGGGCUAUUGUAGCCUCGUACAACCAGGACGCCGGUAUGACUCCAGAAGACGCGAAGAUAACCUUCCUGAAGGUGAUAUAUCGAUGGCCGACUUUCGGCUCGGCUUUCUUUGAAGUAAAGCAGACUACAGAACCAAACUAUCCUGAGCUAUUGUUAAUAGCCAUAAACAAACAUGGAGUCAGUUUGAUACAUCCACAGACAAAGGACAUAUUGGUCACGCACCCGUUCACCAGAAUAUCGAACUGGUCCUCGGGCAAUACUUACUUCCAUAUGACGAUCGGCAAUCUAGUGAGGGGCUCGAAACUACUUUGCGAGACUUCCCUCGGCUACAAGAUGGACGACUUGCUCACAUCCUACAUUUCUCUCAUGCUUACCAACAUGAACAAACAGCGUUCGGUGCGCGUCAAGUGAUCCCCGAGCGCUAAUAGACAAUUUCGUUUGUUAUCGAUUGUUAAUUUGCUUAAUGUGCUAAUUAUAUAAUUUAAAACUAGUGCAUGUUACUUAAGUGUUGAACUGGUCUAACAGGUGUUAUGGUACUAGCUGUUUCACAAGCAGCUAUAGAAUUUAUUCGUAAAGAAUAAAGUUGCUCAUAUAAUAAUUCCCAUACACCUAUUUUGAAGCUUAGAUUUAUUUUGCGUGGUAUAUUUGUACAUCACAAGUUCAUUGUAAAAUGUAUGUAUAAAAACUAGUAUUAAAUGAAUGCACAAUUUGAGUAAGGCCACAUUGUUUUUAAUUUAUGUUGGCAGAACUGUGUCCGUUAGUUCGUAAGAUAGGUAAUGAAUUUAUCUAAGAAUUUAUCCGUCCAACAAAUAUUAAAUGCAAUAUUUAUAAUCUGUUUUUCUAUACAUAAACAGUACUAGCAAGUUUUUUUUUUUUUUAUCUAGGUAAUAAUGAUUAAAAUAACUACAUUAAAAAAGUUGUAUUAAUUAUAACGUAUUAUUGCAUAUUAUACUUUCUGUCCGUAAUCAUUUUUAAAUGACUAAAUUUAGUAAAAAGGCGUACUAAAUUCGGUUAUUAUACUAAUUGUGUCUAACAUAGAAAAGGAGAUUAUUUUAUAUUGCAUGUAAGUAACAACCAUCACCAACAAUAGGUACUGUGCAGUUUUGUAUAUGAGUUUCUGAAUAUGUUAUUUAAUCAUAUUAUAGAACUAUUUAUCUAAGUACAAUUAGUAAUCAAUAUUUAAAAAAAAUAUAAGAUUAUGUAUCGUAUUGUACUCAACCACCUUGGUAACGUAGUGUUUGAACAUGUUGCAAUUGAAGCGCCGAAUUCGAUUCUCGGUACAGUCAAAUUGGAAAUAUCAAUUUUCUUACAGACUUAAUGUGUACAGGUGUUCUGAGAUACAUUUGCAGAUGUUAGUUGCACUGGAGUCGACUAUGAGUUCCAUCUCUCUAAUACAAACCUAUUUCUAAAACGAAAAUCACAUUUUGAUAUUACAGCAAAAUCUUUACUCUAAUGACCAAUAUGAACUAAAUUUCUCAUUUAAGUUAAAAUUAUUAUAAAUUUAGUUUUUUAAUAAUCCAUGAAAACAGUAAUUUUGCGGAACUAUGAAAUUAAAAUAUUAGACUAAAGGAUUGGCUUAGAGAAAUGGUGCCUCAGAAGCGAACCCAUUGUUCUCGGUACAGGGUAGCUGUCCUAAAGUUUGGGGGUCAGACAAUUGACGUAUUUGUACGGUACUCGAUAGGUUGUGCCACACAAAUCACUGUCAAACAUUAUUAUGAUUAUAUUCUGAACCUAUAGAAUAUUAUUAUUAUAAGUGCGUGGUACUGACGUAUGUAUUGAAGAUCGCGUUGAGAUAAAUUUAAGCUAUUUUAACUCAGCGUAUCAUUAAAACGGCCCAAUGUGUACUAACUUGAUAUUAGGUACCAUUAAAACGACCGAAUAUGUACUAACUUGAUAUUAUAGAUCUGUUAUUAUUUAAUUUAGGUGAACGGUAAGUUUAUAUAUUUAAAGAAAUAUAAAUAUUUGUUAUUUUUGCUAUUUGUUGCCUUAUUCAGUGCCUAAACGCUUUACGUCAUAAACGAAGGUUGUUUCACGUGAUGUUUUAUUUUUUAAAUGAAAUAUAACAAUGGAAUUGAUAAAUGUACCCUCCAAAUAUGCACACGGCAUAGCUUACAAAUGUUCUGCAUAUAUUUUACAUAGAAAAUGAUAAGAAAAUUAACUUACAGCAUUAAAGAAUAUAAAUAAAAAAUAAAACCCUAACUACCUAAUCAACAAAGAAAUGGAGUUAGAUAUUUUUGUAUUAAAAUUUUAACAUUUUAAAUUGUCGUAUGUUAAUCUUAACUAGAUAUUUGUGUACGUAAAUAUCGAAAAUGUAUUUAUUAUUAGAUAUAAUGUUAUCUCAAGCUAAAAAUAAUAUAGAUAUAUCUGUGUUAUGCCAUGAGUCCAGAGAUAAUAUCUAAUCUAUAUAUCUACUUCGCUUUAAAGUCAAAAGUUGCAUUUGUGAGUGGUUGUAAACAUGAGUCACAAUGA